ACGGCGGGGAAGAGCCCUUACGAGCCCCCGUACGGCAGUUUCUGUCGACCUCUGCUCUCAUUGGUUGCGGGCGAAGUGGGCGGGUCGCCGAGGAGCCUGAGGAAGAGGGCGGCGGCGGUUGUGGUGACUUGAGCGGAGCCUGGUGACAGGAUGGCUGGGCACAGAUUGGUGUUGGUAUUAGGAGAUCUGCACAUCCCACACCGGUGCAACAGUUUGCCAGCUAAAUUCAAAAAACUCCUGGUGCCAGGAAAAAUUCAGCACAUUCUCUGCACAGGAAACCUUUGCACCAAAGAGAGUUAUGACUAUCUCAAGACUCUGGCUGGUGAUGUUCAUAUUGUGAGAGGAGACUUCGAUGAGAAUCUGAAUUAUCCAGAACAGAAAGUUGUAACUGUUGGACAGUUCAAAAUUGGUCUGAUCCAUGGACAUCAAGUUAUUCCUUGGGGAGAUAUGGCCAGCUUAGCCCUGUUGCAGAGGCAGUUUGACGUGGACAUUCUUAUCUCGGGACACACACACAAAUUUGAAGCAUUUGAGCAUGAAAAUAAAUUCUACAUUAACCCAGGUUCUGCCACUGGGGCAUAUAACGCCUUGGAAACAAACAUUAUUCCAUCAUUUGUGUUGAUGGAUAUCCAGGCUUCUACAGUGGUCACCUAUGUGUAUCAGCUAAUUGGAGAUGAUGUGAAAGUAGAACGAAUUGAAUACAAAAAAUCUUAAAGCCAGGGCUGUCUUGAUGAUUUUUUUUUCAUUGUCCUGUUGAAAUCAAGUAAUUAAACGUUUACGAGUCACAAAAUUGUAUCACCUUUAUAAUAUUUUGCAGUAAAAUAUAAUACUAUCUUCUCUGCUAAUACAUAAUUGCUCUAAGCUUCCUGUAAACUAUAAGAAUACGUUUAGUUUACAGUAUAUGGAUUCUAUGAAAAAAUGUCCAUGACACAGUAACUGGUCACUUGUUAAGAAAAAUUUAUCCUUGUAAAUAUCUUCAAAGUUGGUAUUUGGAACUUUAUUCCAAAAGUAGUGCAUGUGGAGAAAGAAUCUAGACUUUCUUGUAUACAUUUUUCUCUUCUCCGGUAAUAAACAAUUACCUUUCAUUUAUACUUU